UAAGUACGUGUUUCGUCUCAAAAACUUUCAAUACUACACAAACCGCUGGCGGGAUAAGUUCAAUUCAAAUUAAUAAAACAAAAAUAUUAAGUUUUGUCGAUCAUGCAAUCUCAAGAGGAAGUGAAGGCCACUUUCAAGCUGAUUCUAAUCGGAGACGGGGAAAGUGGGAAAACAACAUUUGUCAAGCGACAUCUGACCGGCGAGUUCAAUGUGCAACACAAUGCGACCUUGGGUGUGGAGGUCAACCAUUUACUUUUUCACACCAACAGAGGAGUUUUCCGCUUCGAUGUCUGGGACAUUGCCGGUCACGAGAUGUUCGAUGGCCUGCGCGAUGGGUACUUCAUCCGAUCACAAUGUGCCAUAAUAAUGUUCGAUACGGCCAAGGCGAAUACCUAUAAUAAUGUGAAUAGGUGGCACCGCGACUUGGUGGGAGUAUGCGGCGACAUACCGAUUGUCAUUUGUGGCAACAAGGUGGAUAUCAUGCCUAAAAAGUCUUGGAAAACAUGUAUUAACUUUGAUCGCAAGUCAAUCCUUUACCACAUUGAAAUGUCCGCAAGGACGAACUAUAACAUUGAGAAGCCAUUCGUCUAUCUGUUGAAAAAAUUGGUUGGUGAUCCCAGCUUGAAGUUAGUCCAAAGCCCCGCUAUACAGCCCCCAAAAGUUGUUUUUACCGACGAGAUGAGUUGUCAAGUGGAACGCUUCUUAGAUGAGGCCACAUCCUAUACUCUGCCCCCUACCUACGAUUUCGAUCUGUAAAGCUCAGGAUUAUUGUUCUUUCAAAAUUCAUUAGUUCUCUUACCGGCUACAUUUCUUUCAAAAUUUUCAUAUUCUGCAAGUGCAACGAUGAUCUUUUCUUACUUCGUGCCCAUGGAUGAAGACAUUCAGCUGAAGUCCUUAAUAUUUUUUAAAUUUCUAAAUUUCUAAAUUCCGAUUGUUUUUGAAGAUUCUAAUAUUUUUUGUAAUGGACGUAUAUUUAAAAAAUUCAGUGGUGUAAAA